AUGGAUUCCUCAAAUGGAAAUACUCCUUUGCCGGAGGAUAUGAACAAGCCUCCAGAGGGCUUGGUGCGUCCACCUAAGGAUAUUCAAGCUAUCGUUGAGAAGACCGCCGGCUACGUUUCCCGAAAUGGACCAGUCUUUGAGGAUCGUGUCCGUGAUAAAGAAAAGAACAACCCGAAAUUCUCCUUCCUCAACGACGGCGAUGCCUACGCGCCCUUCUAUCAAUGGCGCCUAACCGAGAUCAAGAAUGGCCGGGGAACAUCGAUCGCUGCGGGACGAGCGGGUGAAGCUACUCCUGCUGCCGAACCUGAAAUGCCCCAGGGCCCGCCUGAGCCACCUGCAUUCCAUUUCUCUGCGCGCAUGCCCGUUAGCCAUGCACAGGAUCUGGAAGUUGUGAAGCUGACCGCACUCUUUGUCGCCAAGAGAGGCAAGUCCUGGCUAACCGCGCUUUCGCAACGGGAGGCACGGAACCCUCAGUUCGAAUUCUUACGACCCUUUAAUAGUCUCCACCAGUUCUUUAACCGAUUGGUUGAUCAAUACACCAUUCUGCUACGAUCAGAAGGCCUCGAUGAUGCAACUACGGAACAAAAGCGUAUUGCCGAAUUGGAGAACAGCGCGAAGAACAAGUACCAUGUUUUGGAGCGCGCCAAGCAGCGCGCUGACUGGGUGAAGCACCAGGAACUUCAGAAACAAGAGAAGGAGGAAUUAGAAGAACAAGAGCGAAUUGAAUAUGCACAGAUCGACUGGCACGACUUUGUGGUUGUCGAGACGGUGGUGUUUACCGAAAGCGAUGACCACGAUGAUUUGCCACCCCCGACAUCACUCAAUGACUUGCAGUCCGCUUCUCUGGAGCAGAAAGCCGCUAUGUCUCUUAACCCGCUGCGUAUCGAAGAGGCUAUGCCCACUGAUCUCGACGCUCCCACCUACUACAACGCAUCUCCGGCCCAGCCCCAACCGGUUUUCGCACCACAAGCUCCCGUUUCCCAAUACCCAGCUCAAUACCCAGCGCCAUACCCACAACCCGGAGCGGAUUACAAUGCACAGUACCCACACGCAUUGCCGAUUCAAUCGCAGCAACCUCGUCCUGAUUUCCCUGCCCCAGCUGUCCCGGGUCAACCUCCUAUGCGCAUUCGCAGCGACUACGUCCCGCGAGCCCAGGCCCGUCGUCAGCAGGGUGCCACCGCAAUCUGUCCCAAUUGUCAUCAACAAAUUCCCGUUGCAGAGCUGGAUGAGCACGUUCGCAUUGAGCUUCUGGACCCCCGCUGGAAGGAACAACGUGCCAAGCAAGAUGCGCGCAGUGCAACAACCAACCUUUCCACUGCUGACGUGGUCAACAAUCUUAAGCGACUGGCCAGCCAACGCAGCGAUGUCUUUGACUCGUCGCUUGCGCCUGGUAUCGACCCCGAGGAAGAAGCUCGUCGCAAGCGCAUGGCUCUCAGUGGUGGUCUGCCAGAUGGCCCACUCCCUCCUGGCGUUGCUGCGCCUCAUCCCGGCCUGCCGAUUGGUCCCCCGGGUGUGCAUAACCCCCAAAAUAUGAACAUUGAAGACCAGAUCCGACACAUUCACCAACGGGCCCGGCAAUGA